UGCUACUUGUAGCUGAGGUACAAGGUAAUUACGAACUAGAGCUUCGUCAGAUGAUAGAAGCCUACCUACCUAACUCAGCUCGAUCCCCAACUACGUUCUCCGUCCACUAAACAAAUCUAGACACCCGCAACACUCCCCGCCUCCAUCCCUGUUUCUUUGGUUAGACUCGCAUAAUUGGAACUUCAGCACACAAUCAGCAAUCAUGGCAUCUGGAUACGACAGAGCGCUCUCUGUCUUCAGUCCCGAUGGGCACGUUUUCCAGGUUGAGUACGCUGGCGAGGCCGUCAAGCGAGGGACUUGCGCGGUGGGCGUCAAGGGAAAGGACGUCGUGGUCCUUGGCUGCGAGAAGCGAUCCGCGAUGAAACUCCAAGAUACCCGGAUCACCCCCUCCAAGAUUCAGCUCCUCGACACCCACGUCUGCCUGGCUUUCGCCGGUCUGAACGCCGAUGCCCGGAUCCUCGUCGACAAGGCACGGUUAGAAGCGCAAUCACACAGGCUCACGGUUGAGGACCCGGCCUCGAUUGAGUAUAUGACCAAAUACGUCGCGGGUGUCCAGCAGCGCUACACCCAGAGUGGUGGUGUCCGCCCCUUCGGCAUCAGCACCUUGAUAGUCGGGUUCGACAACGGCAGCAAAGUCCCCCGACUGUAUCAGACAGAACCCUCUGGUAUUUACUCGGCAUGGAAGGCGAACGCCAUCGGCCGCUCUAGCAAGACAGUACGCGAGUUCCUCGAGCGGAACUACCAGGAAGAUAUGGAUCGAGAGGCGACUAUUCGUCUAGCGGUCAAGUCCCUACUCGAAGUUGUCCAGACCGGAGCGAAGAACAUCGAGAUUGCCUUGAUGGCCAGCGGGAAGCCCAUCGAGAUGCUACCCGUAGAAGAGAUCGAAAGCUACGUCAAGAAUAUCGAGCAAGAGAAGCAAGAGGAGGCGGCCAAGAAGAAGACCGGCCGUACCCCAGGCACCGGAACUGCUGCCAUUCUGACCAGAGGAUCUGCCGAAGGCGAGAGCGAGCAUUAGAGUCUUGAGUUCGCAACGUCUCCCACAGGGUGCACAGGGAUGGGCGAAAUGACGCGAGGAGACUUGAGUACAUUCAGAGACUAGUGUAUUACCAGACCCCAGGAGGAACGUCUUCAUGAGCCCGUAUGGUGGAAACAUGUGCUCUAAUUCGCCAUGUUUGCAUGCCGUCGAAAGAGAUCGGCCAGUCAUCGCUUCGUGAUCAUGUACAUCUAUUAUAACGGAGCCAUAACAAUCUUAUCCCAACUUGUCCGCCUCAUCCACGGGGUCAAAUAUCGUCCUCUUUCUGGCCGGCUUCAUCCUGUCGUCUUUGAGCAUCCUGUUGUCCACGCGCGCGUCCUCGCCCUCAAUCGAGAUUGCAGGCGUGGGUGUCUUGGCCUCGAUAACGAAGUGGUUGUCGCAGUGUGGGCAGUACUCA